UCACUGAGCUCAAAGCUUGUCCGGCUUCACGAGAAGGUAGAGCGAGAAAAGACGGCUGGUCCGUCUUAAGCCGAGUUCCUAGGAUUUUUAUUUUUUAAUGUCUUAGAGUUUACACACACACACAAUGGCUCCAAGUCCUGUAGAAGAGCUGGUUCUCUAUGAUCUUGAUAGAUCCAACAAAGGGGCUUCAAAACAACGGCGGGAUCAGAUUAACGCUGAGAUUGCCGUCAUGAGAGACCUGUUGCCCCUUGCCGAGUCCGCCCGUCAACGCUUGUCCCAACUACAAAUCAUGUCCCUGAGUUGCGUUUAUAUUAGGAAAUGCAACGUUCUUGAUAAAUUAUUUCGAUCCAGUGGCCAGUCUGGAAAAGACAACCUCAAUGUUCCAUCAUGUGAUUUUUUCCAGGCUCUGACUGGCUUUUUGUUGAUCGCAACCAGGGAAGGAAAACUGAUUUAUAUCUCAGAAAAUGUGACAGACUAUCUGGGUCAUUCAAUGGUUGAUAUGAAGACCCAGGGGGACAGUUUGUAUGAUAUUGUGGACAAGCGUGACCACGGGACGGUACAGGCCCAACUUCUACAGGCAGGGACAGACGGCGAGAGGGACACGCGGGACGUGGCCUUCUUCUGUCGCAUGAAUAUGUCCAGGAGUCUUAAACGCCAGGCUGGAUUCGGGGAUGUGAAGGUGAUGUAUGUGAAGGGUCAUUUUGUAUCCCACCCCGGCCCGGAGUCUAGCAGUGAGCAACAGGUGGUAUUCAUGGGGACAUGCACACCACUCAUCACUCCCGACUUAAAAGAAAAUCUUAUCCAAAACAACACAAUGGUCUUCAAGACAGUCCAUCAGCUCGAUCUCAGCUUCUUGGAAGUUUCACACACGGCCGAGUACCAUCUUGGCUACAGCAAUGGCGAACUGUUCCGUCGAUCUUGGUACAGUCUUCUUCAUCCCGAGGACCUGCAGGAGGCCAGAGAUAAACAUGUGCAGUUGAUCCGCUCCAAUCACGAGAUGGGAUGCAUGAUGAUUGUGAGAAUGAUCAGGGCAGAUAAUUCCAUCUUCUGGGUGAACGUUGUCAUGCAUAUUAAGCAGGCAUCUGUUUCCAACAGCGAUGACCCAGUCAUCGCGUGCGUCAACCAGGUUAUCAGUGAGCAAGAGGCGUACCAAUUCAAACUGCAGAGUCAGAUGUUCCAGUUCUACCCCCCACGCGGUGAACCCUGGCAACAAACAGUGCCUUGUCCCACUAUUGUUCAAGAACAGGACACCAGGUGGCUGCAACCCAGUUCUGGCUUCCAGGCUACAACCAGAAUGAGGGCAACACAGGCUGGACCUGUUUACCCUUCUCAGAGUGGCUGCCAGACUGGACCUUUUAUGCCUUACAUCGACCCAAGACUGAGGCGAGGUGAUCAGCUGAAAAACGGUGGAUCUGGUCAGACUGAGCGAUUGAAGGAGAUGCUGAAGAGAAAGAUCAAGGGACCCUGCAAACCAGCAGCUAAGGUUCCAAGACUCUCUCCUAGUGGGAAUGAUGACAAACUCUCUGGUCAAGGUUUCGAUUUCGGUUCAAGUAGUUUCAUGAUUCCCAACUUGGAUAACUUCCGUGAUUCCUUCCCAGCACUCUCUGUCGCUCAGGGCGGAUGGGCUGAGCAUACACAGGUUAUGUCUCAGAGCAACAGCGUUUUCUCUGCAGUGGCUCUCCAGCAAAAGAAAAACAUCUUGAUGGAACCAAGUUCACUCAGCCCAGGCUCUAUGCUACAGGAACAAGUUGUACCUGAUGUCAGUGCCCUGCCAGAAUCGUAUCUGACACCAGAUCCAUCCCCAGCCUCCUCGCCCGAUCCAAACAGCAAGGUCUUCAAGGUUGAUGUAAUCACUCCAUCUAAGUCAACACGGCCGUGUCCCAAGACUAUCAUUGAGGAACUUAAACAACUUGCCAACUGCGUCGGGCCCAAGAUAAAAUCUGAACCUCUUCCCCCAACACCAACCAAAAAGAGGAAAGAACUUCCAGUCAUCGAUCCAUUUGAAGUUGAGUCUUUCUUUUGGGAUUUUGACGUUUCUAAACCUAACCUACAGUGUCCGGAAGAUGCCAAGGUCAACCUUCCAUGUCAUGAAGUGUCGAAAAAGGUUGCCAGCAGCCCUGUUAAAGCCAAGAAAAACCUUCCCCUAAUCGACGCAACGGAGCUAGAGGAAUUCUUCAACCACUUCAAUGGGGAAAACAGUCCAUAUGUUGACGCCCAGAUGUUGGUCGACUCAGCGGGGACCUUCUUUGAGCAGCAGGCUCUGGUCAAGGAAGAGGAUUGCCCCCCAGUCAUCAAAGUUGAAUGCUCCAACAGCCCAGCUUCACAAAGUAUGUCUCCUUUUUCAAUGACGUCAUGUGAAUUGUCAGAGGAGGAGGAGCUUCUCGAGGAGCUGGCAUCUACCCCCUUGGAGAUGACUCUGUCUGUGACCGUCAAGGACGAAUAUCUGCCUCUCAGCACCCCAAAACCAUGUGGGUCCUACGAAGAGGAGGAUUUCUUUCAAAUCCAGAAACUGCUGACAUCCCUGGCUCCUAAUAAUGGCGCCAUUGCUCUAUCUGAAGAAACCCAGUAGGCCAAGUGUGUAAGCUUGACUUACAACUGUUAUUUAGUGUAUGGCAUAUUGCCAUGUCAACAACACCCCGCUUGGACAGUUGUCCAUUUGAGGUGUCGCUGCUGGUCAGCCAUAUAUAAUUGUUACAUCCCGCUGGACGGGCCUUGUUGCCAUGCCAACAUAUAUGGACCCUGAAUAUGUCGCUGCUGGACAGUAUCGUGUUGAUUUGGCGCUGCUGAGCAGCCUUACUUCAUGCUCCCCCUGCAGGCCAGGCAAUGUGCUGAGUGCUUGAAGCACUGGACUUCUACGUGCUAGUCUAGAUGGACUUGAGUAACUUGAGACAAUACGUCUAAAAACAGCCCUGUGAAAAAAUCGAUGAUUUAGUGCACUGACUUGAGUUUGCAUUUUUGAAGACUACUGUUAGUAGAGAUUUGGUUUUGUUGGGAAGAUUGUAUUUGUUACUAGUUACAAACGAAGCAUCACUGCAUUGAAUGCACGAUGGUACUCACUUUGUUAGCAUUUUACUUGGUAUAUUGUUAUUGUUUGUACCGGUUAUUUGUCACCUGUCAUGUUUUAUACACAAACUGCUGGUCAGUCAAAAUGCCCUGCAGGUCAGUGGUUAAUAAUCAUUGCAGGUCAUUGAUUAUUUUGUUAAUUACCUUUAUAAUCACAUUGUAUUCAUCUCAUGUCAUGCCCAUAUCGUAUUAUUUACUUGAAUGUACAUUAUACAUUUACCCGUUUGAUAUAAGAGCCACAACUAAUUACCUGGAUGUUUUUAGAUGUACGCGCUGCAUUAUAUCGUAAUCGACAACUGAUAUAAUGUUAUAACACAUCUCCAUUUCUCAUUACACAUUAACCCAGACUCAGUCACCAACGUGUUGAUACGUCGCGGGACGACAACAAUGACAUUAUUGAUUCCUAUACAGUCAUUUAUCUUCUAUAGAGGCAAAGGUUAUUUAUCAACUUUCCCAUGAGAUUAGGUAUUUCCAAUCAAGUGUACAUGAGCUCCUCUGUUUAGGUCAACUUCAUCAACUGUUUUCGCAUUCCUGUGUUUUUGAUUCGUAGCCAUGUCGUUUAGUUCCCAUGCAUGCUAUUUUUGUGUAGAAGAUAAACUUUGUCUAAGGAUGGCAUUCCGAGAGGGACAAUAUCUUUGUCACAGAAAGAGGGUAGGGUGUAGUUCCCAUGAACAUAAGCUGGUCUCGUGUAGUGGGAAAAGCACCUUGCACGUUUCAAAUUUGGAUCUUUAGGGAUUAACUCGAGACAUCAAAUUUCUUAAUCACCGCCAAUGUACCGAGCCGGUCUCGUACAGGGGUUGCCAUUAGGAAAUUUGAAGUGAUCAGUCUGGCCCUCUGAACUCUAAAACAAUAAGAGCAAUAUUUCAUGUUUGUGUAUUUCCUCAUCAAUUUACUGGAGAGUGCGUUUUGCUUGAACGUUGAAAUAUUCUCUUCUGUCCUGUGUUGAUUAAUACGGACUCAUGUGUUUAAAUGGCUGGCCCGUUUGAGCGUUGUGUCGUGUUGUUAAUCAAUACUGAAACUGCCCGAUCAUGGUACUAGGCUGGUUCUAGCUCCUACUGUUGAGUGUAAAAGGGCUUAAGUUUCUCUCGUGUUCACGCUUCAUGCUUUUUCAAGAUGGCGUCCUGAUUUGUGAGUCUGGUUACUUCAAGCAGACGACGUUUUGAAAAGAUGUUUUGUCGCGGCUGCAAACUCCCGCUGUUAAGUUGUCGCUUAAUGUCUCAGAAAACAGCUGUUGAAGUUGACAUUAGCACCAAAAAAUGAUUUGAAAUGGCAGUGCCUUGGAAUUUUUGCCAAAGUGCUUUUUUGAAGGAGAUAUAUUUUUGAGAUAAUCUUCGUUGUAGAAAACACUUGUAGAUUUGACAAGUGUAGAUAGAUGUGGUCGGGGCAACAUGUCCGCAGACAAGGAAAGUGCCUUUUAUCAGAAAGUUAAUUUAUCAGAAUUAUGAUACUGAUUUGUCAUAAUUCCCACGUCACGGAACAGGCUUUGUACUGUUAUCAUGUUUGUUUGCUAUGAAAUAAGCUUAAAUAAAUAAUCUGUGUCAUCA